UAGAAAGAGGAGCUGAAAAUCGAACUCUGUCAGGAUGAGAAGAUCAAGAACUGCAAUAUUUAUCUUCCUGCUUUCAUUUAUCUGCAGAACAACAGGAGAGACAUGUGAAGAGAAUUGUGGGAAGAAAAUGGUCUCCUGCUCCUGCCACCCGACAUGUGGGUCUCUUGGGUCCUGCUGCUCUGACUACAAAGAGUUCUGUGUAAAUACUUCUCCGUACUCUGGGACCAUAAUGGGUGGGACAGACUUGGUUGUCCUUGAUGCAACUUUCAACAAGAGCUCUCACAUUGUUUGUAGGUUUGAUAGUAAAACUAACACAGUAGGGUACGUGGAUGAAGAUGGAAGGGGCCAUUGCAUUUCCCCACUGUUAUACCAAACUGGAUGGGUUUCCUUGCAUAUCUCCUCAGAUAAUGGUACCACCUUCAACAGAGCAGGAUCUUGGCUUUCAGUUCACAUCGGCAAGUUGGAUUCUCGAUUUAAAGCUAUUUUAGUGAACUCAACAAAGUGGCAGUACUAUGGAACCCCUAACGUUGGAGGGGAUUUAAAGAUGACGUGGAAUACAUCUUUAGUCAAUGCAGAAAAAGUUAACCUAGAGCUCUGGGGAUAUAGAGAGACAGGAGAGCCAUACUCUGAGUACUGGCAGGGUGAGUGGCACUUUCUUUAUUCCCUUGCCAAAGAUCAUCCCAACAGUGGCUCCUUUAGCUUUUUGCCCAAAAUAGCCCCGGAUGGCUUCUCAAAUUGGGAGCUGGGUGCUGUUCGUGUCAGCUCAAGCAGCUACCCUGAUGGCAGUUGGAAUGUCCAAGCUGCAUGGAGUGAGGAUCAUGCUCUGGCCUGGCAUCUAGAGGAAAGUUUCAGACAAAACUCAUCAGGGUGGGCUCUGGAUAAGUGUUUAGCCUGGGAUCAACUGGAAAGUGAGCUGCCAAACUUCCUCACUGAGGUCAUCGACUGCCCAUGCACUCUGGCUCAAGCAAGAGCAGACACAGGGAGGUUUCAUACUGAUUACGGCUGUGAUAUAGAGAAAGGGAGCGUGUGCACAUAUCAUCCUGGGAGUGUUCACUGUGUAAGAGCGAUACAAGCCAGUCCUAAAUAUGCUGCAGGACAGCAGUGUUGCUAUGACAGCACAGGCGCUCAGGUGCUCACAGCAGACUCGAUAGGGGGUAGUACUCCAGACCGGGCUCAUGACUGGGGGUCACCUCCAUUUAAAAAACCUCCUCGGAUCCCCGGCCAAUCCCACUGGGUUUAUGACGUUCUCAGCUUCUAUUACUGCUGCCUUUGGUCUGACAACUGCCACUACUACUUUAAACACCGGCCCUCCAGUGACUGCAGGCGCUACCAGUCGCCAAGCUCAGCUAUAGUGUUUGGCGAUCCACACUUUAUAACCUUUGAUGGUGUCAGCUACUCGUUCAAUGGCAAAGGGGAAUACACUUUGGUCACAUCAGAGGAGAAACAGCUGACAGUCCAAGGCAGAACCGAGCCUGUGAAGGAUUCAGGAGCGACGAUCAAGGCAACAAGGCUGACGUCUGUAGCUAUGAGAGAAGGGUCAUCAGACAUCAUUGAGGUGCGGCUUGAUAUCAGAAAGGAUGGCCUUGAAGUGCUGCGUAAUCAGCAAAUCCUCUCCUUCGCGGAGCAGACCUGGAUGGAUUUACAAGGCGUGUUCGUGUUUUCUCCCACCUCUAUAAAUGUCACUGUAAUGUUUCCAUCUGGAGCUGGGGUGGAAGUGCGACAUAGGGGAGAAACUAUGACCACCACAGUGCUCCUGCCAGAGGAAUUUAAAGGCUCCACUCUUGGAUUGUUGGGAAAGAUGAAUGGUGACCCUAAUGAUGACCUAGCCCUACCCAACGGAAAGCUAUUUCAGAACCACAGUGAUGCAGAAGAGCUGUUCAACUUUGGGGCGAGCUGGGCGAUACAGAACAACUCUGCUUUGUUUACAUAUGAUUCAGAAUAUCUUCUGAACACCUACUACUUUGCUCCAAGACAUGAUCCAAGUUUUCUUCCAGUAUUUACUGUUCCUGAAAAUCCGGAUGAUCCACUGAACAAUCAGGCAGCUGAAAUAUGCUCCGGAGAGGGAUCUCAGUUCUGUAGGUAUGACAUCCUCGUAGGACGUAGCCCCGUGAUUGGAAAUGCUACCAGAGUUUCCUUCCAGAGUCACGUUUCUCUGGUGGAGGAUCUGAAGCCUGUGAUAUCCUGUGGAUGGAUCCCACCACCUGAUAAUGGGGAAAAGAUGGGUACCACCUAUACACAGGGAGCUAAGGUGCAGUUUUCUUGUGAUAAAGGCUACAAGCUUAGAGGAUCAGAAGAACGUACAUGCCAGAGCAAUGGCAAAUGGUCCGGAGAAGAUCCAAGCUGCGUGGUUCCCAGUAACAUUGCUGGAAUAGUGGCCGGUUCAGUCAUUGGAGCCCUGACAUUAGUUGUAAUCCUUACACUGAUUAUUCUUCAGUUAAGAAAACACAAAAGAAAACAAGACGAUUCAGAGGAAGAUAGAAGAAGCAAUGACUCCUAACUUAAAUCCUGGAUGACAUGAAUUUUUAUUAUGACUGAAAAUGUGAUGGUCAU